CAUGGUAAGUGUGACUGUGGAAAGUGCAAAUGUGACAAAGGAUGGUCUGGGGACGCUUGCCAGUAUCCAACUAACUGUGACCUGACAAAGAAAAAAAGUAACCAAAUGUGCAAGAAUUCCCAAGAUGUCAUCUGCUCUAAUGCAGGUACAUGUCACUGUGGCAGGUGUAAGUGUGAUAAUUCAGAUGGAAAUGGACUCGUUUAUGGUAAAUUUUGUGAGUGUGAUGAUAGAGAAUGCAUAGAUGAUGAAACGGAAGAAAUAUGUGGAGGCCAUGGAAAGUGUUACUGUGGAAACUGUUACUGCGAGGCUGGUUGGCAUGGAGAUAAAUGUGAGUUCCAGUGCGAUAUCACCCCCUGGGAGAGCAAGCGAAGAUGCACAUCUCCAGAUGGCAAAAUCUGCAGUAACAGAGGGACUUGUGUAUGUGGGGAAUGUUCUUGCCAUGAUGUUGACCCAACUGGCGAUUGGGGAGAUAUUCACGGAGACACCUGUGAGUGUGACGAAAGGGACUGCAAAGCUGUCUAUGACAGAUAUUCUGAUGACUUCUGCUCAGGUCACGGGCAGUGUAAUUGUGGAAGAUGUGACUGCAAAGUAGGCUGGUAUGGGAAAAAGUGUGAACACCCACAUUCCUGCCCACUGUCAGCUGAAGAGAGCAUCAAAAAAUGCCAAGGAGGCUCUGACCUGCCUUGCUCCGGAAGGGGUAAAUGUGAAUGUGGCAAAUGCACUUGCUACCCGCCGGGAGAUCGCAGGGUUUAUGGCAAAACGUGCGCGUGUGAUGACCGCCGCUGUGAAGACCUGGACGGUGUGGUCUGUGGAGGCCACGGCACGUGUUCCUGUGGUCGCUGCGUUUGUGAGAGAGGAUGGUUUGGAAAGCUCUGCCAACAUCCCAGGAAGUGUAAUAUGACGGAGGAACAAAGCAAGAGUCUGUGUGAAUCAGCAGAUGGCAUAUUGUGCUCAGGAAAGGGUUCUUGUCACUGUGGAAAGUGCAUUUGUUCUGCUGAAGAAUGGUAUAUUUCUGGAGAAUUCUGCGACUGUGAUGACAGGGACUGUGACAAACAUGAUGGGCUCAUUUGCACAGGGAACGGAAUAUGUAGCUGUGGCAACUGUGAAUGCUGGGAUGGAUGGAAUGGAAACGCAUGUGAAAUCUGGCUUGGCACAGAAUAUCCUUAACAAUUACAUGGGAGAGGACUGAUUCUUAAUUUUCUAAGCCAUUAGAACAUAUAAAUGCAAAGGAAACCAUGUAUAAUCACCACGAGGACAGGUCAAACAGACUGUUGUAUGUUUUUGUUUGUUUUUUUUAUUUCUGAAUGCCUGAAUGAAACCUGGGUACCCAUUAAAAAUAAAUUAAGCACACUCUGAUGUAAAUAACACCAGAGAGAAAUUUCCUUCCAUAAUUUACAUCAGUGGUUCUCAACAAGGGCAAUUUUGCCACCCAGAAAACAGUUGGAAAUGUCUACAAUUUUGAUUGUCACACUGGGUAGGGUGGGAGGGUGUGCUACUGGCAUCUCUAGUGGGUAGAGGCCAGGGACGGACGCUGCUAAACAUUGUACAGAGCACAGGGCAGCACCCCUCCCCAACCCCCCCGCCCAAGACAAAGAAUGAUCUGAUUUCAAAUGUCAAUAGUUCCAGAGUUGAAAAAUGCUGAAUUUACAUGGUUGUUAGAAAUGCACAUCCCUACACGAGAAAGCCCAUUUUACAAUCUAAGGAAAAGAUAUAUCUUCAUAUAAAUCCAUCAAUCAUAUUUUUCCUGGUUUCCAUAUCAUUUAGCAUUUCGGUAUGGGGACAACGAAGACACACACACAUGAAGUAUAAUGUCGGUGUGCUAGGGCAGAAGCCAGAUCACCAGUGCUUUUGAAAAAAAGACUGGUCAUUUUUAGUCAUUAAGUCAUUUCUCCAGUCUCAGUUUAAACUCACACACAGACAAAAAUUCUGUUAAGAUGAAGAAAGAGGUUAUGAAAAAUGUACAAUUUAACAUUUUUAAUAAAUACUGACAUAGUUAUUUACACUGUGUCAAUAUGUAUUUACCAACUGAUGAUUAACAACAAAAAAAGAAUUGUUAUUCAAGACUAUCCAUUUUCUGUUACUAGAACAUUUAGAAAUCAGGUUUUUCACUAUUUAAGUUACUCGAUGGUAACUCACCUUUCAAAAAGAUAAUAUCUAGUUAGCUGUAUGAUGGGCCUGAAAUAUGCAUUCAUUUGUCUUAAAAGGCUCUCUUAUGUCUAAGAAUACAUUUAUUACUUGCUGGAAAAGUAGGGUCAUAAGAAGUCAAGAAGAAAUACUAUGAUAAAAUGGCACCAGUCUCAAAAGCUUAGAGAAUUAAAAAAAAAAUCUAGAAAUGGCUUAAAUAGAAAUUACAAAUAUUCACUCAGUGAUAGGAACAAAAUGUUUAUUUUCUUAAUGGUGAAAUUUUGCUCUGCAUGAAAUUCACAUUGAAUUAUGAAAACAUACAAUAAUUUGGACUUCCCUUAUAUAUUUAUAGUUAAAUCUACUUAUACACAUUAGUUUAGACAAACUUUAAUUAUUUAGAGCUGAAACAGACCCACUUUUCUCUAAAUGAGAAUUAUAUUUUUGUAAAAUCCCAGAAUAAAUUAACAAAAUCAUUUCCAUAUUGUUUAAGACAAAAAUUUUUAUUUGGAAAUUUUACUUAACGAUGUAAAUAUUUGAGAAUCAUCGCUUGGACUUUAUAAGUCAAAUCACCAAAAAUAAGGAAAAUAUAAAUAUGUAUCUGCCGAGUUACUUAAAAUUUAACAUUGAAAAUGAUUUAAGAGAAAAUGUAACUGGUACUGAUUUUUAUAGUACUAAUGUUAUUCUCAUAAUUAAUAGAUUUAUAAAAUUGUUAUCUCUAUCCUGAGAUUAAGAAGUGCAACCAUAUUAGUUGUAUCUCUACCGUUAAGUAUGUCAAUUGGUAUAUCAGUUUUGUAAAAUGAGAGGAACAUAAGCAAUUAAGAAAUAAAUAUAGAUUAUUAUAUUCUUUCCUCCUCUUUAAGUAUUGAACUUCUAACAAACCUCUUAUUAUUCAGAAGCAAUGUUGAUGACUUAUUCGAUGAUAGACACAUCUGAAUUUCCUACAUGAUCUAGCCGCCAUAGUACAAAUGACAUUCAGGUCUCCUGUUGCAGAGCUCUGCUUUCUAUGGAAAGGACCAGAUAUGAAACAGUUUAGACUUUUUGGGCCACAUAUAUCUCUGUUGCAUAUUCUUUGCUUAUUUGUUUUGGAUACUUUAAAACUGUAAAAAAGAAAAAACAAAAAAACAAAAAACUCAUUCUGAGCUCCUGGGCCACACAAAAACAGAUUGCAAGCUGGAUUUGACUCACAGCCGAGGGGUUGUUUGCCAACCUGUGCUCUGUUGGAACUAACCUUCAUUUCCUGUAUCUCCUCACAUAACCUUAGGUAUGUCUUAUUUUUCUUGUAGUUCUCUAUAUUUGUCAAUGCUUUUCAUUAACAACAACGACUACAAAAAAGUGUUUCUCUGUUUAUAUUUUAAUAUAAAAAAAUGUCUUCAGCAUUAUGGUUUUUUUUGUUUAAGAAAACAUUAAGGUAUGGAGAAAUGUUUAUAUUAUAAAAUUCAGAGUGUGAUUUUUCCAAAUUUUUUGACAAAGUGAAAAUAUAUCACAAUCAACAACGUUCUGGGUUCAUUUAGCUACAAAUUAUUGAGCUGAAACUAAGUUAUAGCACAAGUGACAUGGUACCUAAACUAUAAUGAGUAUUUUUCCUUUAAAACAAAAAUAUUUUCUUUUUACUUUUUUUCAUCUGCUGUAAUAGUUCGUGUGUGUGUGGGUAUGUGUGAUUUUGACUCUAGCAAUGCAAACAUCAAUAGAUCUAUUAAGAAAUGAUUUAAUGGAUGUGUUUAAAUUAGAAAAAAAAUAAACAUAGUUACAUGUAAAGACAUACAUUCUACCCUUCUUAAAUGUGAUUUGGUACUUUGACUUUUGAUACUGAUACUGUUAGAAACUCUCUCUUUGAAAGAAGGCAGGGCAAGAACAAACUUUCAAUAGGAGGAGGGAACAUGUGUAAAUCUCAAUAGUUUGUUCAAGUUUGUUCCAUGCUACAGUGCGAUUAAUGUCAAUUGGGAAGGAUACGACCAGUUUGUAAGUGGUGUUGGCACAAACCCUACUUGCUUGGCAAACUUUCACUGAGUAAUUCUCCUAUAAGGCCUUUUCAGUAAAAUUCGAGGAAGGUCCUAAGACCUAAGAGGGGAGCAUUAUACCACUUUUUUUCUUUCUGCAUUCCUUGAGCAAAUCUAGAUUCCUGCAGCCCAUUGAAAGGAAUAGCCUCCACCUCUCAAACGCAAACACAGUCUCUGCCAGCAAACAUCAGGAUUAGACUGAAUUAGAAAGCCAAGAAAAAACAAAAAUGAAACACAACUCAGCUUUUGUCUGCAGACUCAUUAUCAAAACUUUGAAACCCUUCUCAGUAUUCAAGACAGUCAACAGGCUGUGUUCCACCUUGCAAGCUAAGAAAUCUAAGCUAUGAAAUGUACAUUUACUCCAAAGUAACACAGUUCAGUUCACAUCUGGAUUUUGAUGUGCCUGGAUUUAGCUUAAUUGCUUUCCCUGGAUAUUGUCUUGUUCUGAAAUGAAAUUGAAAAUAAUUGUCAAAUAUUUUCACUUCCUUCUAAAAUGGGUUUCUUAAUCAAUCUGGUCUUUCCUUCAAAUUUUAAUGCUCCUUAUGUAAUAUUAGCGAGAAAACUUUAAAUGAAGUGAUACGUGUCUAACUUAUAGAACAAGAAAUUCUUUUCUUUAUUGUUCUGUCUUGUUAUUUUUUAAAGAAAACUAAAUCUGAUAUUAGUCAUCCCAAAAACCUCUGGCUGCUUUAGUGCUUUAGGCAUCAAUUAAGCAAUUGGCUAGCUGUGAUAAACUAUGCUUACUGUCCAAGAGGCAAACAAUUAGGACUGCAGCAGGAGUCUUAUGGGCCCAUUGUGGAGCUCCUGAAGAUACCCCAUGCACUACAAUACUCAGGACAAGCAAAUAUUUAGAACAAGAAUCUCUAAAUUCUCCAGGACUUAUAAUGAUGCUCAGUACCAUUUUACUCUUUACAUAGGGUGGACCACUUGCAUCUCUUCUAUAAUUUUUCCAAGUAAAGCUAUAGCCCAACAUUUUAGAAAGCAAACUUAUAAGAAAAUAAAAAUGGUAUCACUUGAAAUAUCAAAACCAUUAAUAUUCCCGAGCAUUGUUGAGGGAUGGGUGAAGCAAUCAGUCACCAUAACAAAUCAGUAGAAAUAACCUUUCCCUGCCAGGUCUGCAUGCAAAAAAGAAUGUGAUAUUUGACUCGCUAUAAUCAGCAUAUGUAAAUGGAGGUACAAAACACACGGUGUGCAAGUACAGAUGAAUUCCAUCAGAUUUACUCUAGAGAACAUCAGUAGUGACAGAUUGCACUUAAUCACAGCAAACUUGAUUUUUGAGGGGAAAAAAUGGGGGAGUCUUAUCCUAGAAAAAUAGCAAGAGAGGUAUCAUGAAAGAGCUAAAAUUUUCUUUGGCAUGGUAAAAGGAGAAAUUGAGUUUACCAACUUUUUUACAUGACAUUUCUCUAUAUUUGUGGGUGAUGCAAUGCCAUUUCAUUACAUAAAGUUGUUUGAUGUUUUAUAAUAUGUCUUCAUAUAAAUAUUUUAUUCAAUGUGUUGUAUUUGUGAAUACAACAGAUGGUAUUAAACACAGAAACUGUACAAUGCAAACUCUUUGUAUGUAAAUUGAGCAAUACAUACCAACAGUUCUUGAAACACAGAUCAGAUCCUACAUGCAGUUUGUCAGCACUGUCCUCGUCCCAUGCAACAGGUGAGACCAGACACAAAGGAAAUGAUUGAACUAAUUUACAAAUAACAAGGACCCCUCUGCAAUAUGUCUAAACAUAUGUUAGAAGAAAGUAUUUUGACAUCCUUUCAUAGGGAUAAAUGUCCUUAUAGACAACUCAUAUUAAAAAAACAAAAACAAAAACAAAAAACAGAGGUACACAUUUACAUAAAUCUCAGUCAUUUAGAAAAAUAAAUUUUGUCUUAAUUUUAACCAAUAAGAGGCUUCCAGGGGAAAAAAACCAGCAAGUAGGGCUGAUUAUCAAAAACAAAUUGGUGUGUGUGUGUGUGUGUGUGUGAGUGCGCGCGCGCGUGUGUGUUGGAGUCAGCAGUGUCUUUAAGCCCAUCAUUAAAUUUUCAAGUUAAAUUAUUUCAUUUGCCACAUAUUAUGGAAUAUAUAUCUUCCCUAAAUAAUUGGUUAAUGAAAUCCAUCUAAUGUAUUUUAACUUAUCCUGUUAAAAACAAUAGGCUUUAAAAUAGCAUAACAAGAAAUCGAGAACAGUAAAAAAAAUCAUUUUGUUGUAUUUGUACUUCAGCAUUAUCAACAAUAAAUCUACUCAAACAUUAUGCUAACUUUUUAUUUAUUAAAAUGGAAUCCAAUAUGAAAAUGAAAUAAGCAUAAACAGUUAAUUUUAUACUAAAUCUUUAAUCAGCUAAGCAGGCUAAUAUUUUAAAAUGCUAGGUAAGGGCUGUCAUGGAGACUUAGAAGAGCAGUGACAAAAUAAUUUCCUAAUAAAUACAGUGCAGAUGGGGGGGGGGGAAAUGGUAACUGGGUCAUCCUUCCACAUGGAAAUAAUAACAAGAGGCCAGUGUAUUGAUCCCACAUAUAGUUUUCUAUAAAUGAGGUCCAGUUUGGUCUCAAUUAACUCUUCUGAGGACAAAACAUUAAAUUUUAUUAAGUAUACACAGAGUUAACAAAUAUAUUUCCAAACAGUUUAGUACUAAACAUUUUGAAACUCUUUAUAUCCAAUAUUGAGCAUUUUGCAUGGUUUCUUCACUGCGUAGUUAACCGUUCAUGGCCUUUCUUGGUAGUUGUCUUUCCUAAGCUCAGAAUUAUUUAAAAGGAAAUUAAAAGAGCAAAUGAAACAAAAGCAAAUCAGUUGAAUGGACCAAAAACCUGAUGCUUGAUCGUGUUGGUUGGCCUUUAAUUUUAUCUAGAAUAAUUCAACAGACUGCAUUCUGAGAUCAUGGCAAGGCACCUCUACCCCAGCCAUUGGGCAACCUGGGCCCCAAUGCGCUGAGUUAGAGGUAUGGACUGGUGAAAUACACAGUACCUGACUCAGCAUGCUGAGCUAAAAAAAAUAUUUUUUUCCUAAUGUGUCCAGUUUAAAAACUUGUCAUUAAACACCAAAAAUAUUAAAGUCUAAUUUAUAACUAAGGUUUGCAUUGCUGCUGCAGAAAAGAACACAAUAGCCGCCUUGCCCAUGCUCUGCUGAGUAUGAGUGGAACGCAGCCAAAACCCGGGAUGGCAUUAAGUUCGGUUCAUUAAAAACAGGAAGAAUUAUAUCUGAAAUGGAUUUAGGUAGCGCAACUCUGGUAGGUUGUAAUUAUUGAUUUUUUUUUCCCAAAUAAUGAGGAUUAGUAGAUGAAAAAUGAACCUUAAUCAGGCCUACAAGGCCUACAGAGUUCUUUGGACCCACUUUCUCAAAAAACCAGUGGGUCUUGCUCGCUGGGCAAGGCAAAUGUUACCAUUACCAGUAAGCUUGUGAUAUGUAUAAAA